UGGGCCCAAACAUUGCAGAUAUGAUGACUGGUAUACUAGAGUCUCAAAAGAUAUUGGUUAUGUUCCACUCCUAUGAAGAUGAAAAGGCUUUAGUAAAUUUAUCAUUACACAGUGAUGGAUGCAAAAUUGAUUGUGGAGAUAGGCUGAUACAGUUGGGUCUUGCCAAGAGUAGUUUCAAAAGACUUGAGAAAUUGCAUAGCAAAAAAUUGGGUUCCCAGAAGUGGUCACAAAUAGACGGGAAGAAUGAAGCAUGUAAAUAUGAGACACUGGCCGAAGUCAAGAAACUUGGGGGAUAUAUAUCGAGAAAUAAGGAGGAAGUGACAUGUCUCGCAGUGACAUCUCCAUCUUGUAUCCAUAUGCGACAGACCUCAAUGUCCACUGUAUUCAAGGAACUUCAAGAUAAAUUAAUACAAGAGAUGCAGACUAUAACAUCAUCCGUCAGUCCUGAGAUUGGUGAUGUUUGCAUAGCCAGUUAUAAGCCAAGCACCUAUGCUCGUGUCAAGUUAUUAGAUGUGACAGAUCAAGAAUUUUUGGUGCACUUUAUUGAUUGUGGUGGAAUUCAGAAAGUUAAACAAGCAGAUCUCUUCAAAUUACCAGAAGGCUUGGCUGAAACAAAGCCACUAAGUCUUUCAGUGAGACUAGCAGACAUUAUUCCUCCAGGUGGACAAAUGGCAUGGCCAGGUAUCUCAAAGGAUUGUCUUGAAGAACUUCUAUCAAAUAAAGAUAAACUGUACAUGACGCCACAUGGAGACGUUCAGCAACAUCCAGAUUUUAAAAUUGAAGUGAUUCCAGCUUACAUUGAAUUCACUGAAGAGAAACUAGGUGGCCCCUUUGAAGCCAAUUCUGUCACGUUUGUUUCAGUUAACGAAUUACUUAUUCAAGAAGGGCUAGCAUUACCCUGCCAAGUAAGAGGCCAUUCUCCAACCCAAAAUUUACCAUACAAUGAAGAAGAAAGGAAGUCUGAAAUACUGUAUGUGCCAGCCAUAAGGGAACUCACAACACUAGAUUUGAAUAAUGCUUUUGGACAAAAGGAGUGUGAUCAAUCCAUGUCAAGUUAUGAUGAAGUGAAUGUAAGCAAAUAUUUUUCUGGUUGGAUCCCCUGUGAGCUUCCAGUAUCUUCAGUGUUUGUUGCUUAUCCAUCAUAUGUCGAUGACCGUGGAAUUAUUUAUCUGCAGCCUUUGAAAAAUAUGGAAACAUUGCAAACAAUGAGUGAGGGCUUCUCUAUACUGGUUGCUAAUUCCCUCCCAUCUGAUGAUGAUUUGUGCUGGAGUAUUGGUGAUCCUGUCAUUGCUAAAUUUUUCAUAGAUAACAAGUGGCAUCGAGCUACUGUUCUUAAACUAUUAGAGAAAGGAAACGUGUUAGUUCAGUUUGUGGAUUACGGUAACACAGAUGUAGUGAUGCUCUCAGAUUUGAGAAGAAAUAUAGUGUACGACCAAGUACCAAUUCAGUGUUGCAAAGCAGUUCUCUAUCAAACAGAACCCAGAAAUAUGCAAGGUUUCUGGCAGACAGAAGUGUUAGAUUUUAUUCACAAAUCAAUAGUCGAGAAAGAAUGCCUUGUCACAGUUAUGGAAACACCUACACCCGGAAAACCAUUACAGGUCCGUCUCUUGGUGAAAGAACACAACCUGGAUGUGAUAUCAUUAUUAGUGAACAAGAUGAAAGUAUGUAAAAUAGUUAAGCCCAUGCUAAGUUUGGAGGAAGAUUCCUGUGAUGUAGUAGUUGAAGAUGAAGCAAGUCAAAUGGAUUUUCCUUCAGUAAAUUUACCAUCUCUAAGUCUACCCAAUAAUCCCUUUGAGAAAUUUAGAGUAAAGGUCACAGCAAUUAAAGAUCCAGCUUCUGUUUAUAUUUCUCCAGUACUAUUUUCUGAGGGUACAUCAGGGUAUGAAUGCCUCCUGGAAUCAUCAGUUGCUGCUUAUCAAAGUUUCUUUUUUUUAGUUAAUAGUGAUCCCUCAUCAUAUGCAAGUGUGAAAGACCCACAGAUAGGAGGAAUAUACCUAGGGAUGUUUUCUACAGAGGAAUGGUAUCGAGUUCAGGUCAUUGCAAAGACACAGAGCCAGAUUACUGCCAUGUUUGUAGAUACUGGAAACUUGGAAGAUAUCUUAGUUAAAAACUUGCGCGAAUGUCCAGAAAUUGGCUUAAAUAUUCCUGCUAUGGCAGUUGGUGUUAAACUUCACCAAGUGGUUCCUCCUAAUCAGAGUAGAAACAUGUGGUCUGAAGAGGCCAUGAGAGCAAUGAUAGAUUGUCUUAUGAACACUAAUGAAAAAAGCUUUUUGACUUCAGUUAAGAGUAUGGAAAGUCCUCCACAAGUUGAGCUGUACCUUGAAGGCACUCAAAAAUUAGCUUAUGCUGAUCUUAUUGCCAGUGGCCUUGUGGCCAUUCAGGUGUAGUGCAAAAACCUGCAAUGAUUUACUUGCAUUUAUUUUACAUUUUCUGUACCUUUCUUAUUUUGUGUAAGAUGGGUCAAAAGCAGAAGUUUUCAGUUUGAUUUUCUGUAAGCUGGUGAUGAUUUUAUUUCCUAUAGGAUUAAGUCACAUUUCAAACUGGAGAAAUCGUGUCUUUAUUUUAUUUGUUUCAGUUUUUGUAUUUUUCAUCCAUUCUAAUAGAUAAUGUUUAGAUAAACAUUAAGCAUUUACUUGGAUUAAAUGGAAAACUUGCCUUUGUAAUUUUUCACUUCUGUUUUCAUAUAUAAAGAAUAUAAAGAAUUAAUUGACCAUUCCUGUCAUGGGUCUGGAGUGGCAACCUCCUCUCAUCUAGACAGGCAGUGCAUGAUAAGCAGUCUAAGGAUCAGAUGUUGGUGUUCUUGAUCUUGGCCCUUCUUGUAAUUUUUAUGUUUCUUUUUUCCACUCCUGUGCUCCUAAUGAUUAGAAAUGCAUAAAAAUUUUAUCAGUUGUGAAGAGACUGGGAUUGUCACAUUAUGGGGAAGGAGGAAGUCUAUGACAGCCAAAGCAAAUGAGAUGCGAGUCUCUAAAAGCAUGGUGUCAUUGUGGUGCCAGCGUGCUAAGGAAUCCGACUUAGAAAAAGCAUUGCAAUGUAAAAAAAACUAUUUUUAUGGAAUAUCCAUCAGUGCCAGCAAAGAUUUUGAAGGCAGAAAAAAACAUGUUGCUUGGAAAUGUCUCUGAAAGAACCGUACAAUAUCAUCUACCGAAAGACCUUGGUCUCCCCUCUUGCUGUUGCAAAGAACCCUCCUUUCACACACCAUGAGAAAUAAGCAACAGAAAUUUUUCAAAGUUUAUUUGCACUGGACUAUAAAGGAUUGGAAACAAGUUGUAUUUAGUGAUGAGUGAUGCUUUCACAUCAUUCAUAAUGCUAGCAAGAAGGUAUGAAGGCCCUGAAGAUUAAACCAGUUUGCGUAUGGGGGCUAGUGAUGGUUUAUAUUUCCUUCCACAUAGUACGACUGUUAAUGGAAUGAGGUAUGCUAACGCUUAUAGAAGGAACUGGUUCCCUUAAGUCACUAUUAGGUAUGAGAGUCUUUAUGCAAGAUGGAGAGCCCCCUGCCAUCAACCACUAGAUGCUAAUGAGUUCUUUAAGUAACAUAAUAUUCAAAGGUUAGAAUGGCCUGGCAAUUCACCAGACCUAAAUCCCAUUGAAAAUUGCUGGGCUUACAUAAAACAGUGACUGAAUUCCUCGGAAGGAGGGAAAACGUGUGCGCCAAAGUUGAAGGAUGCUAUUCAGAGGUUUUGGUUUGAAAAGUUUGUUGAUCAAUAUUUCAAAAGCUUGGCUCAUUCUAUGUCAAAAAGAAUAAGAGAAGUGCAUACCUAACGAUGGUGGACAUAUGCCAAAGUAUUAUUGAAUAAAAUUUAGGAGAGCAAAAACUUUUCUCUU